UUUCACUGUAAUCUCCGGUAGUCAUAGAGAUAUACAUUAGCCAUUUUUCUCGUGUAGCGUUAACAGACUUUCAGCCAAUGAAAUUCGCCUGUUCGACAAACCUUUUACAGGUAGGAGCAACUAGAUCAAUUAAGUAUACAAGACAUAGACAUAUUACUAUCAAUAUCGUACACAAACAUCCGAGUGUCUAAAUGGCUCACUACCUGUAUUAAUCUCUGUACAUGUUCUUUUAUCUUAAAAUAUAAUCUUAUUAAAGGAACAGACAAUUCAUCGAUAUGCACAUCUAAUUGACAGCACGUGUCUAAAAAUAGACAUUAUACAUUAUAGCCUACCUCUACCCGGAUGUGAGACUUCCUAAUUCAUUUCGGAGAAAUACAGCUUGUGUGUUAACACGUCUUGGAUUAAUAUGUAACGUUAUCUAACACUAAGGCCCGUGAUGGAUUAGUAUAUCACUGUAAACUGUCGGAUGUUGUGCCGGUACAGGCUAGCGUGUGCUGCAUGGGGUCAACUGUGUGCAAGUCUGUGAAGGUGAAAUCUUUUUCGCCCGAUAACGUUUCCCGUGAUAGGCAAAGUGAACCAACGUUAGUAGGUGUGAGGCGGGAACCUGUAGAACACGGACAUGAGGAAAGUUUAUCGAUAGAACUUAAGGAUGCCGGGAAAACAGAUAACGAAUGCCAAAAGCAGGUUCUCACACCGACCCGACGAAAGCCCGAUGCUGUUGAACAUGAGGAAGCAACGAGCAGCCAAGGAAGUCUUGGUUCUGUCAGUGAAAAUAAACUUGGUACCUCUCUGAAGUCUACUCCUCGGGAAUAUGAUGAAACCGUUAGUCCUGAGAGCGAAGGCAGGCGGGCACGUGUUGUCGAGCCAGUGGAGGAGACGUUACAAGAGGAGAGUUCAGUGAUAGCGCGGGAAAAUGAAGCUGUUCCGGCAAAGGGAGACCCGGAUGGCAAAGCUUAUUGUAUCAACCCAGCAGGGUCUGCCAAACCUCCGUUCAACGAGGAACAUCAGAACGUGGCUCAAGGUCAUGGACGACCAACAGAGGGCUCUGGCGAUACCUACAAUAUCUAUGUAGCUAAUAGAGAGAUCCGACUUAAAGGUGUUAUAUCGAAAUGCUGUCAAAGCUAUCUGAGGGAUGACGUAAUGUUUGUUAAAGUACCUGCUUACAAAGCUGCCAGAGAUCAUCUUCUGAAGGACAACAUGCUGACCUUGACGGGUACACCUGGUGAAGGCAAGACCUUGUUAGCACGCCACCUUCUACUCGACAUGGCCAGGAAUGAUAACCCAGACAUCCGGAUGGAUGAGGUGAUUUUAGCAAGUACACCAGAUGACUGGAAGGACCAUAUCAACCCUAACAAACGCCAGUUCGUCCUGAUUGAGGACAUAUUUGGAAUAUCCAACCUGUCUAGGUAUCGUCUGGAUAUGUGGCGACCUGUUCUUGACACCAUCGCUAGAGUGGUGAGGGAGCAGAAAGGUAAGCUUUGUGUUGUAAUCACAAGCAGAAGGCAUAUACUGGAAGAAGCAAGAGAUCUUAUCAAGGACUGUCCGUUUCUUUCUGAUAAGGAUAUCAUAAACUUGACAGAGUUCCCGUUAAACUCUGAUAUCAAACGGGAAAUUCUUGUUAAACACGUUCAAGACUUGACGGAAGAACAAAUUCAAAACAUUAUUAGUUGCGAUGUUCCUCAUGGGUUUCCAUACUGUUGCAGAAUGUUUUCUUUGAACACUCAUUUGAGACUAAAAGGUCCAGCUUUCUUUAAAAAUCCCGUAGGAUACAUCAAAGAUGAAGUGGAUAGCCUUCGACGGACAGAUGUGGUAAAGUACUGUGCACUCGUACUGUGCAUGCUUAACGAUGGGCAUAUUGAAAGAUCGGAACUGGACAUAACACAGCUGGACGAAGCGGGGAAGACAAGGCUUCGCAAUAUUUUGCAGCUGACAGAGAUUCCACUCGAGAUCUCCACGACAAGUCUAAUUGAUGCUCUCGAUAACCUUACAUGUCUUUAUUUGAUAAACUGUGAGAACACCUACCGUUUCAUGCAUCCGUGUCUCCUAGAGGUAGUCACCGAGAUGUGCUCUAGAUAUAUUCCGGGUGCUAUAGUCAAACACUGCAGUCCAAACUUCCUUCAUGAACGAGUGCGUAUUCGUACCAGGCAAACACGCUGUGGAGAGGGUUAUGUGGUUUUACUUGAGCAAAAAGAAUUCAAAUUUCUGGCAAGUCGAUUCUAUGAAGAGGUGAAGGCGAAAAGAAUUAAAGGUGCUGUUCAACAUGAAGCAUGCCGAGAUGACAAUUUCGUGAAGUUCUUUACAGGUUUUCUGGAAAAAGAAAACCUAGGUACAGAUAUCGUAUGCCAUUUUGACAGCUCUUCCCGAUCUAUUCUGUACUGGUGUGCAUGGACAGGCAGCUCCCAACUGCUCGCCUAUCUUCUACAUGGACUUAACCCAGGUGACAUACCUACACCGUAUAUCAAUCAGCAAAAGUCUAUGUCUCUUGUAGCGGCUUCUUUUUUCGGAUUUUCAGACAUUGUUCAGACAUUACUGCAGUCCGUUACAGAAGUGAACUUCUGUGACUUUAUACAAGACAGGAGAAUAAAUUCCAAGUACAAGAAAUUUGGUUUUUCAUUGGGCAGAUUGAUGUACAUUUCACCAACACCACUACACGCGGCCGUCUGUGGUGGUUCCAAAACCAUCGUUGAGAAGCUUCUGUACUACCAGGCCAAUAUAAAUGCAAAGACAACAGAUGGAGAUACUCCUCUGCAUAUUGCUGUUUGUACAGGUAAUGUGGACAUAGUUGACGUCUUACUAAAGAACGUUCCACGCGCUGACGUGAACGCUGUCGACGUUUACUUGAGAACGCCCUUGCAUGUAGCUGCAGGGAUAUCGGGUAUUUUUGACGUCAUACCUAAGGAAUAUGCAAUGGAAAUGAUGACGUGUGUUCGAAUCAAGGAUCCACAUAUUAGAAAACAAAACACAUUACAUAUUGCAAAAUCACUGAUAGAGAAUGGAAGCUCCGUGAACUGUCAGGAUUACAGCUCAGACACUCCCCUCCAUACGGCUUUGACAGACAAGAACUUCCACUUGGCAGAGACACUCAUCCCCAACAAUGACACCGUGGACAUUCACAAUGUUUGUGGUGACACAUGUCUCCACCUCGCUGCUAAGUUUGGACAGACAAAUAUCUGUAAAUUACUUAUUGACCGUAACUCCGACGUUAAUUCCGUCCAUCAGACCGACAAAACGACACCACUACACCUGGCAGUGGAAUCUGGAGAGGCAGAAACAGUAAAGUAUCUAGUCGACACGGCCGGCGCGAGUAGGGACGUUCGCAAUAAGGAGGAGGAGACACCCCUUGAUAUUGCAAAGCGUCUUAAGUUCCACGACGGAGUUGCAAUAUUGGAGAUUGAAGCAGAUGAAGUGACGUCGUUUUGAAUAACUAUCAAGAGGUGCAAUAAUAUAGCACAAAACUUAUACACUAUUCAAAUGCAUGACGUCAUUUUUUUUCUCAUGAUACUCGACCAAGUCCUAAAAUGUUGAGAAAUUCCAAUAUAUUGUUUGAGUGGGGUUAUCGUCCUCGCAAUAGUUUAUAGGGACACAGGGAAAGGCUAUACAGAUCAUAAAUUAAUUCUUUUUGUGACAAUCUGCUACAUUUUAGUUUAUUGAUAUUGACAAACAAAUGCAAUACAUCUGUAUUCCUCAUUCCUGUAUUUCACUUAAUUGGGGAAGUGUUAUAUAUUGAGGAAUACUGAUUUUUUACGGAUUUUAAACAAAUAAUUUAAUUAUAUGUUGUUCGGCUAGCCUUCAAUUAUUUAUCCCGACAUUUUCAAAGGGUUUAGAUAUUCUUACAAUUCAAUUAUCUCCCCUCGACAACCAUAAUAAGGUAAAGUUUAGAAAUCUUGGGAUUAACAUAAAUAAUAUUUGCUAAAGUUGAAGUUUCUAACGUUUCGUUUGUUGUGUUGCAACAGAUAACUUGUGUGUUAUAGGAAGCUGUUUAUGUAUUUUUUGUAAAUCAGAUACGCUAUCGUGUAAGUAGUGUACACGUUAACAUUAUACCAGUUCUUUAACUCCUUAGAGGAUAACGCCUUACACGAGAACAAGUCCGUUUCAGAUUUGUAUCUGUAGUUUAUUUAAUUUCAAGUUCUAGAUAAAAAGAUAUUUUACCGACAAAACAUCUUCAAUAUCAUCUGAAUGUGACAUUAAAGAAUGUAUAUGUCCUUUAAAAAAUCACCUUGGCAACUAUAUUUUAUCAAGUCUUAUUAUAUUUCUUUGAACUUUUUUAAGACAUUAUAUCUUAGCUAUCAUUAAUAAAAUCAAAAGAAAAUUAAAUUUAUUUAUUUUACCACUCACUUAUGUUAUAAAUAUCGUGCUCUCUAUUAUAAUCAACCUUUAUGUUAAGGGAGGCGUUACUUUUCCCGUUCAAUCGGUUCGCCCGUGUUUGUGAGCGUUAGAAAUCGUCUUUCCCUUUGUUAUGAUGUCCAAUUUCCCGCUGUUGUUUUCGGGUAGUUUUCGUGUUCAUUAGCUGGUAAUGGAGCGCAUCAAUAUAGGUGUUCAUGACAGUUGAAAUAAUUAUUUAUUAUGUACUUUGUAUUCUUUAUCACUGGUUAAGAUGCAGCGCAACAUACAAUUGGAAUUAAUUUAUCUUAGCUACACACAAUCCGUGCCAAACUUAGUGUACCGCACAAGAAUGCUUCCAUUAAUAGCGUGUACAAUUCAUUGUUUAGCAUGCAUGCUACUACUUACUUACUUCAUACUCUUUGUCCCGUAUGGGACAUAAGGCAUCAACAAUGCGUCUCAAUUUGUGUCUGUGGUUGGCAGCGUGUUGUGCCUCGCCCCAUGAAAGUCCCAUCUCUUUCAAUUUCUAUUUGAUGGUGCUUCUCCAUGUUGUCUUUGGACGCCCACGUUUUCUUUUCCUAUGUGGUGUCCAUUUCAGUGCAAAUUUGGGGGUCAUGACUGGUCCACUCCGAGAACGUGGCCUAGCCAUCUCAUUCGGCGCCGCUGGAUUUUAAUGGUGGCGUCCUGGCUGUUGGUUGUUCUGUGAACAGAAGAUGCGACAGGUUCUCUUGGGGCCAAUAUUGUCGAGGACACUGUAUGAUAGAAGUGUUCUAUAAAGACCCUGUUAAGAUAUCAUCCUUUUCUUGUAAUAUCCACAGUAUAUUUACAAUAAUUUGUGGACUAGUAGAUGAUGCGUCGUCCAUUCCUUGCUUCACAUUUAUUCCAAAUACAAUUGUGUAGUUUAAUCUGUCAUGAUUGAAUCUAUUUUCUCCGUGUUUUAAAUAGUUAUCUUUCUGUGUCUGAAUUAAUAGAACGGUCUAUUGCUGAACUGAAGGAGGUCUUUCGCCGAUUUUGUUUUUAAGUUCACACAGCACGAAUAUUCCGUACUAGUAAUCGACAAGAGAUAUCAUGACUACCUGUGUAUCGCUAUUGCGUUAUAAUAUUGCCAGUUGAUAUUUACACUGUGGCAUUAUUCUUUAUUUAUUACUUAGUAUAGGAUAAGGCAUGUCCGCGUUUUAACUCUUCAAACUAAUCGCAGUGUGGAAGUUUUCGAGUUUACAAUAGUUCUGAAAUCUGAAUAUAUUAUCAAGCUGUACAAUAUGAUCUUAAUUUCUUCGUAUUUGGAUUGUGAAUAUUUUCGCGCUUAUUUACUCUUCGCGAAAAAGCGAGCGUUUCCACACCGCUAUAAUUUCUAGUUCUAUACUAUCUACAUCGAUUUACUUGACCAAACUUCAUUUUUUUAAAUGGGGUUCAAUGUAUUCUAUUGGGUUUAUAAAUAUCAUAGUUAUAGUCAAUUGGAAAAUACGACUAAAGGUCGAGUGUGAUCUGAAGCAUUUUACAUGACAGCUGUCUCCUCUUCGUUAUGCGUGUAUUAUUGUUUCUUUUUAUUGGAAUUACUAUUUGUUCAUUUUUUCUUACAUUUAAAAUAUCCAUUUAAGAAAAAGUUGUAUUUGAAGACAAACUGAAACGCUUCAAAAAUCUGUGACUGGCUCAUAAUGAAAACAUAAUGUCGUAUAAUGUUACUAGUGUUUUCCCCCUCCCUAGAUGGCCUAGUCUGCAUAAUCAGGACAGAUUGGAUAUAAAAUAUAGGAAAAUUAAUUUACAGAUAUAGUUAUAUGAUGAUCAUAGGUUUUAAUCUAUUACAAAGAAGAAUAUCUGAAUUCACAAUUUCAUCAGUAAAACAAGCAGAUGGUCCCCAAUCAAAUAGAAGAUGUCCUCAUCUUCCACUGGCUCCCAUUUACAUUCACGUACACCUGUUCAAACGAGUAUUAACGUUCUAGCAACAUCACUUUUAUCAACACUUUUAAAAUGAAGGACUGGUAGUGCAUAAGUCCGUUUUUUUUAAAUUUCAAAUAAUCUUAAAUCAGUCAAAACUUAAAUGCUUGGCAAGAUGCCACUUGUAUGGUAUUAUUCUAUAGAAAAUUCAAGACAGUGACAAUAAAAUAUUUUAACCCGAUGCCCUCCUUACCAUAAGCUCAAACCCAGUUUUAGGUACUCAUGUGUUGGUGAUAUUAGAUUCGAAAUAACUUUUGUUUAUUUAUAUGAAGAUUGCAUUGAGUGACUAUUGUAUGACGAAAUGUGUGAUAUCAUUUAUGUAUAGAAAAUUGAUGUUUACUAAACUCAAUGCAUACUGUUUCCUAUCUAAUGUUUUGAUAUCUUCUGAUGAACAUGUUUACAAUACCAGCACAUGUAUUGUAACUCUCCUGAUAGCACACUUGUAACUUUAUCAAAUCCAGCCAACCAAUCACAGAAUAUUAAUAUCCCUAAGGCUAAUCAUAGUUUGAUCUGUUCAGACUACAAUGAAAACUACUAGACUGAUUUCAACACCUACAUUUAAAUAAGACCCCCAUUAUUGCAGUAUGACAUCGUCACUUUACACAUGACACAUGUUCAUAUUUCUACAGUAAUGGUCAGUGUAUAAAGAGAAAAGAAAACUUUAACAAACUUUUCAGUCCUAUUUACAUUCCUGUAAAUCACAAAUGUCCAAGUCCACAUGGAAUUUUCACUCACAAUACCAAUACUCCAGUUUCACAGCCAUCUUCAAGGGCCGUAGUCAAUACUGAAUAUAGAUAUCGUCCAAUCAUAUUAAUGAUACCUAUAGAUAGACUUGCACAUUAAGGAGGCUAUCAGGCUGAAGUGUUGGUAUUGUCAGUGACAGUGGUGUUACCAUUCAUCCUUUUCCCUGUGGACAUCACUUGUUGUAUACUGGUGAUAUCUUUUACUUGCCAUUUAAUAUUGAGUUCAAUCAAAUACAAUGUAUACAAAAACAGAUUACAAGGUAUGUAUGACAUCAAUAUGACGUAAUACUUGUUUAUUUAGAUAUACAUUUACAUACAAAUAGAUAGACCAAGUUACUAUAAUGUACAUUAAAAAACAGCUUCUUACUGUCAAUACAUCUGUCUUCAAUGUAAAUAUGAAAUUGUAAAAUUCCAUUAACAUCACACUAUAAAGAGUCCAUACACUCAUAUACACACAAAACAACUAAAUCAUUAAUGGCAAUGUCCAACAUUGGUAAAUUAAUUCAUUUGUAGAGAAAUUUCAAUUUCUUUCAUCACUUCUCACAUUAUUUGUACCUGUGAUAAUCAGAUCAGCUGUAUUGGCUUCACUUGUUUACCAUGUAGUGUUAUCAAGUUCUACAUAUUUAGCCAGCAGUGCUUCAAUGACCUAUGACCUUUUCUUCCGUGCAUCAACAAAACAAGACACACAAUCUCCCUACUAAGCCAGUAGCACUCGUUAUAACACACAGAUAGAUAUUUUGGUAUCUCAUGCUAAACAUUGUGACCUUUUGAAGAUUCACACACAUUCCAUUCUAAAUGAGUUUUCAUUUCAUGUCAGAUUUAUAUAACAAGUCUAAAUGAUUUAAGGGAGGUUCUGUUGAGCUGAAAAGAAAAUCUACUGGACCAGUUUCAUAUAUCUAAUUUGAAAUACAUACAAUCUCACGAUCCUUUUCAUUGCAUUACUAAGAAUCUGUAAGAAUCUGUCCUGAUUGUUUUCUCUGACCAGUGUUAUGUCUAGAUCUCCACUAUCACCACUUUGACCUCAUGUCUAUUGUCUACAGCGCUACAUCACAAUGUCAUCAUGUUGUGUCGAUUGUCAUAACUUUUACAUCACAACAACAGGUAAUACAUAAGAAAUAGUACAUGUGUUUAACGUAUAACAUGGCAUGCAGUCAUGUAAUUAAUGCGCACAUUCAGUACCUCUUAAAUAUUUAUCAAAAACUUUGCAUCAGACUGGUUUGCUUAUCGUAGUUUUUCUACUCUCAGUUAGCCUUUGCUUCAAAAGUGUACAGCCUAUAUAGCUUGCCGACAUACUGUCUAAAGGUAGGUAAUCCAGUCUAACACUGCAUUUGAACAUUGAAAUCACAUUGUUCCCUGUUAUUACAACAUAUACCAGUUCUUCUAUGAGGAAUACUUGGUCUGUGGGUAUACACAGCUAAACAUGCUAAGAACAUGGCUACUGUGCUGUUUUACUUAAAAUAGGAAAAUUGAACUUGGUAGUAAAUUAUGAUAAUAUAUUGCAAACAGAUAUUAUAAUUAAACAUGAUUCUGAUUUCUGUAGCCAACUAUCCGAUCGUUUAUAAAAUGAGCUACUCAUAAGUAUGAUUUAUACUCUUACAAGAAAAACAAUGUGAUUUACAUAUUGCAAAGUUUAGGUGAACAGUUGUUUAAUACGACAUCAUUUCUGGAUCUAUACAGGGAUUAACUACAUGUCUGAAAAAUAAUGUUUCAUAGAAUAGACAAACUGCAUGUUCUUGUACAAAAUUUGUCAUGCAAUGAUUAAAAUGCAGCAGAAUCUCAAACGUGAUAAAGUCAUCAAAAGAUAUUUUAAAAAUACCAUUAUGCUUUGAAACUGAUAAAAUGAGUAUGUUAGCUCGUGUAUGUUACAGCUGUCAUUUAUGUUAGAGUUAUCUCCCUUAAAAUUUGCAAUAUGUUGCACUCUUUUUAAAAAUGUUUAGAAGUAUGCUGCAUUAUCUGAUCAUAAUAAAACAGAAAUGUUUUUUCCUUUUAAUUUCACAAAGUAAAAAGACAGUGAAUUCAAAGCAGGCAAAAACCAUAAAAUGCAGAUGUCAGCAUCAGUAUAUAAAAACAUGACCAGGAAAAAGGCCGGAAGCCAAUAUGGUCCAUAUUACAGUUUUAGAGUGUGAUAUAUGUAUUCAUUCAACAACACUAGUGUGUCCAUUUAACUAAUUCCACAACUACUUGUACUUACCUAUAAUCUUGCUUAAAAUCAUGUGUGUGUGCAAGAAUUUCAUUUGCUGAAGGGGAACAACAAACAUCGUAUUAAUCGGUUGGUGUUUAUCUGUUUGCAACAUAUUUUCAAAUUUGAAAAAAAGUAAUAUAUAGUUUGUGAAAUAUAGGAAUUGUAAUUAUCAGUAUUAUAUAAUAUAUAAUAGGGCUACAUCUUUGAUUCCUGUCAUAUUUCACAUUAAAAAGAUUUUCAAUGAGUUUAUGUCUUGAUUUGUACUUUGUUUUCCCAAUUUGGUAUAAUAAUGUUUUCGGUAAAAAAAAAACACAACAGGGGAAGUAACUCUGUAAACAGGAACAUGUCUUUUCAUUGUACAGACCUAAAAUAUACUUCAGCUGAUAAUCAACAGAAGAUGACAAUGAUGGCUGAAUGUGUAACAACCAUCACUACAUAAGCUCACUAUGAAUAGAUUGGUAUUAUUUAAUACCCGGUGAGUUUUUUAUACAUUGAUUAUUCAGUCAUGCUAUAUCAGCAUGUUGACGACCUAGGAAUACACGACAGAGAUAAAGCCCUCCCUAUAUUUCUACAAUUAAAACUCUAGUCUGUUUCAAAUGCGUUUCUUCAAAUACAGUGCAUUUUAAAUUUAAAAAAACACUCAAGAAAAUUGUUCAAUUUCACACAUUUUCACAUUUCUUCUUCAUUUACAUUUUUCACAUAAAUCAAAGUCAAAAGACUGUCUUAAUGAUCAUUUCUAUUCAAAGUGAGGUACGUGUAUUUAUCUCUGGAGGAUAUAAAUAUCCUGAUACUUAUGCUUUUUGAACAUGGACUGGUUUUCACUAAACAAAACUUCAAUUAUUGGCUGCUAUUCUAAAACACCUUGAUAACAACUGCAUGGUUUAUAAAGUAUUAUAUGAUGCUUGGAAUCUACAUCCAAAACAUUUCCUUAUCCUUCCAAAACCAAACAAAUAUCCAACAUGAUCUAGUUUCAUUCAUGGUGGCAUUACUAUUCAAUUUAACACAUGAUUUUAUAACUUUUUAACUUGUCUUCGUGUAUUGUCUUGGUAAAAAAUCAUAAUACACAAAUAUUGUCACACGAAGAAAUAAAUAAAUCAAAUGAUUUGCUUUUGUUCUUUCUUUGUAUUAAUUACAUUUGCCCAAUCAUUACACACACAUAUCAAAUAUAAAAGAGAAUGUUAUUAUGAGUUGCGGUAACUGCCUUACUGGUUAUAAAUAAGUAUACCUAGGCAAUUAGAAAACUGGGCUAUUUAGAACAAAGUUGGGAUCUCGGGGGAACAAAAAUAUUAUUUUCAAUAUUAAAAUGAGGAUGAAAUUCCUAUUCAUUUAAAUAUUUCAACAACAAUAUCAUUUUUUGUUCAGAAAUGGAAAAAAAAUAAACAAGUUAUAAUUUCAAUAACAUGAUUCCCCCAACCUGAAAUAUAAAUAUAAACCCUUUACAUUGUGUGUAUCCUUAUGUUCAACUCGUCUAAUUUUUGAAGAACAAUGACUUUUGUUAAGAUGAAAAUAUAUUCAUCAUGAAGCAGUGUGGAUGAAAAAAACCCAUUGUCCUUAGAAAUCGGUUUAAUAUUGACAAAGUAUUCAAUAUUUACAACAUAUACAUGUAUAUAAAACCAUGUUUUGAGGUUUUGAUAAGGAAAAAAUAGCUCUUUUCAGAUUUGGACUUCAGUUUCAACUCUUUCAUGAUCUCAGUGCCAACUGGGUUAUAUCAAAAUAAUCUCAAAUCAACAUCAUGACAUACACAUUUGGUGGUGGAAACCAAAUUUAAAGCUGAUGAAUGAGCUUGAAUUAGCCAUUAUGUGUAUAUAUAUAUAUAUAUUUAUUGCUUCUGUAUCAUACAUUGUGUUGAGUGAAGACUAAUAGACAUGAGGAGAUGGCAGAUUGCAUUAAUUAAAUCUCAAUCAUACUAUGGACAUUGAUGAAUGUUAAAUAUACUGACAGUACUUACACAAACUGAUCCAAAUUAUGGGAAAAUAUACAAAAGAUGUUGGAAAUUGUCAAAGAAAAUAUGAAUUUCCGGAAUGUUUGUUUCAUUUUUUAAACCAAAUAUAUCCCUGAGAUUCCAAACUGGACCUAACCGACUGUCCAUGUACUCUUUUGUCUACCAAAAUGACAUGCACAAAAACAAGUCCACUCAAUUCUGUUGGUGAAAUAUGCAAUUCCUGAGCUUGAUGCACUAAAUUUGAAAUGUUCAUGAAAUAUCUACUGAACUUGAUUACAAAGGGUUUCAAUACUCCUAACAGUAGAGCUAGUCUAGUCUAUAAUACUGUAGUAAGAAGCUACAUGUUAAAUGAAUGUUAGUUAUAAGGUUAGCCUGCACCGGUUAGUGAAAUCUACAAUCAGACGAACAGUAUGCAAAAAAAAGUCCAUAUAGCAGCUUGACAAAGUGUAGACUACGUUCAAUAUUGUCACGUACGACAGCUCAUCAACUUAGGGGGAGUCGACCUGCUCCCCGAGCAUACAGAGAAGUCGGCUCGGCCACUCUACAAUGCAUGUUCACAACAAUACAACUGUCCCCAUAAAGUACAGGUAGAUAUCCUGUUACAAUAUAACAAAAGAAGAAUAAGUCUGUGUAAAAGGCUUAUAGAGACUGUGCCACUGUUUUUAUUUUCAUUAUUACAGAUCAAUUUAUUUAAACCACAAAUGUUGUUCUAUUUCGAGAGAAUUGAAAGGUAUAUCUCCAUUGUUGCCUAGUCUCCCUAGUUAGGAAGGAGACCUCUAUUUAUUCUGCCAUUUUUUACAGUUGAAAUCAGCAGAAUAUCUAAUUCCCUUCAUCUGAUUGUUUGCUUAAAUUCAAUAACUGCACAAAGCAACUUAAACUCUGGCAUUUUACACUAAAUGUAAAAUUGAGGUCAUUUAAGUCACUGUCAAAAAAAUUCAUUUUAUAUUCUGCUAUAGUUUCUCUCCGUUAUAAAUUUGAAAGGUUAGCAAGUAUGCCCCUUGUUUGAAUUAUCUUAUACAUUUUUUUAUCUAGUUAUUAAAUUACUGAUCCAAACAUGAAGAACUUUUUUUUGCUUGUAUCUUUC